CUGAAUGUUUCGGCGCCUGCGCAGAUUGGGGAAGGUUCUGGAAGACAGUGGGGCUGCCGCCAUUUUGCGGGAAGAGGAGCAACUCCGGCUCUAGUGCUGCUUUUACUGCUGAGUCUCUGGAAGACAGCGGUGCUUCGUGUCCCCCGACACACCCAAAGGAACAGGGGGAACCGGGACCCCCGCUGCGGGGACCCGGAACUGGUAACCCCUGACCUGCUUUCUGUCACUACAGACCUGUGACGAACAGACUUGAGAAAGACCAUUGCUAAAUAUGAAAGCUUGGGGUAGGCGAGAAGUCCUAUUGUAUGUGCCUAGACAGAAAUGCUUCAGAGUGGGACUGGUUAAGCCAUUUUAACCACAGUCUUUCUGAAUUACCCCAACUCUAGUUGGUGUUGUACAAAAAAUGCUUAAUGAUGAAUCCCCUCAUUUUUGUGUGUUUGAGUUAGGGAUGUGAAGAAAAGCUUAGGACAAAUCUGCAUUAUUCUGGUAUUACUUUUCCUUGCUUUUAAUUUUUAUUCUUGUAGUCUUACCUUUUUAAUGGAAAUAUGUGCCAAUUUAAGUUUAAAGCAAUUAUUCAGAAUUUUGAAUAGUAGAAUAGCGGCCAAGUGCCCAAUAUAAAUAGUAAGUUUGAGUACCUGCAUUUUAAUAGGAAAAGGUCUGUAUUAUAUUUUGUCUGUCCCUAGACAUCUAAUUUUCUUCUAGACCCUGACCUUUUCUAAGCCACAAAGCAGAACUAGUUCAGAUCUAUAAGGUGCAAAAAUAAAUGGAGGGUAAGCAACAGCUGAUAAGAUACCUUCGGAGUUCAGAUCUGCUACAAUGGCAUCCGAUGACUUUGAUAUAGUGAUUGAGGCCAUGCUGGAGGCUCCCUAUAAAAAAGAGGAGGAUGAGCAGCAAAGGAAGGAGGUUAAAAAGGACAGUCCCAGCAACAUGACCAAUAGUACCAGCAACAUUGGCACCAGUGGCUGUGGUACCGAUGGGAGCAGCGUCACUGACGGGACCAGUGCCACCAAUGGGAAUGGCACGAGUGGGGAGGCAAGCAAGAAGAAGAGGAGCCGGAGCCAUAGUAAAAGCAGGGAGAGAAAAUGCAGUCGUAGUCGAGACCGGGAUCGUCACAGGCGGAAAAAUAGUCGGAGCCGAAGUCGAGAUCGGCAGCGUCGCCACCGAAGCCGUAGCUGGGAUCGUCGACAUAGUAGUGAGUCACGAAGUCAAGACUGGCGUCGUGAGGAUCGUGUACACUACAGGAGUCCACCGCUUGCCACUGGGCGUAGGUAUGGAAACAGUAAGAGUCCUCAUUUCAGAGAGAAGAGCCCAGUCAGGGAGCCAGUUGAUAACCUGAGUCCAGAGGAGCGGGAUGCCCGCACAGUGUUCUGCAUGCAGUUAGCUGCCCGCAUUCGGCCCCGAGACCUGGAGGACUUUUUCUCUGCUGUUGGCAAGGUUCGAGACGUCCGUAUCAUCUCAGAUCGAAACUCACGUCGGUCUAAAGGCAUUGCCUAUGUAGAAUUCUGUGAGAUCCAGUCUGUGCCACUGGCCAUUGGGCUGACUGGGCAGCGGCUGCUAGGAGUGCCUAUCAUUGUACAGGCGUCACAGGCUGAGAAAAACCGCCUGGCAGCCAUGGCCAAUAACCUGCAGAAGGGCAGUGGUGGACCAAUGCGCCUUUAUGUGGGCUCCCUACACUUCAAUAUCACCGAGGACAUGCUCCGGGGCAUCUUUGAGCCCUUUGGCAAAAUUGAUAAUAUUGUCUUGAUGAAGGACUCAGAAACAGGUCGCUCCAAAGGUUAUGGUUUUAUUACGUUCUCUGACUCAGAGUGUGCCCGGCGGGCCUUGGAACAGUUGAAUGGCUUUGAGCUUGCUGGUCGACCUAUGAGGAUUGGCCACGUGACCGAGCGACCGGAUGGUGGCACAGACAUCACUUUUCCUGAUGGAGACCAGGAGCUAGACCUGGGAUCAGUGGGUGGACGUUUGCAGCUCAUGGCCAAAUUGGCAGAAGGCUCUGGAAUCCAGCUGCCAACCACCACUGCUGCUGCCGCUGCUGUGGCCCAAGCUGCUGCUGCUCAAGCUGCUGCCCUGCAAUUGAAUGGAGCAGUUCCCCUGGGGGCCCUGAACCCAGCGGCUCUGACUGCUCUGAGUCCGGCCCUGAACCUCGCCUCCCAGGCAAUCGCUUCCCAGUGCUUCCAGCUUUCCAGCCUCUUUACCCCCCAAACCAUGUAAAUUAGUGGCUUGGUCCACUGCCUCCCUGUGCCUCUGGGUCCUGCCACUCCCUGCUCCACGUCUACCCUUCCACGGCCCCUUCUCUCCGUUUUGUGGACCAAGCCAUCCUGAGGGCAUGAACACUGAUGGUGGGGGAACUGGGGCCCCCCUUAGACACCAAGAAGGGCUCCUACCCACCACAGCCCCAGUGGGAAUGGACUCUGCUGAUCAAAGCUGCUGGUCGAAGAGAACAGCAUCUACACUUGCGUUGAACAUCUGUUUGUCUGUGUUUAUCAUCUCCUGGGAUGACCUUCAUUGUCCUUCCCAACCACCUCUUACUGAUUCUUUGUUUCCUACCCCUUUGGAAAGGCCAUAGGGCAUUAACUGAAGGAACUAACUGCUCUCUUCGUUUACCUUUAUCCUGCAGUCUGUCACAGAAAACCCGCAAACCUCUGGUCUGUGAGGACUUUAGAGUGUGAGGGGAUGAACCUUGCUGCUACAGGGCCCUGGAAGGUAGUGCGGACGUGUGCGUUGGGAAGCCUGCCUUAGACCUCAGCUUGGGGCCAAAACUGCUUCUGUGGGCUCAGGGUCUUGCUGGGAGGUGCGGGAAUAGUCUGCCAGCCAUUUUGGAUGUCUUUGGGGCAUUCAGGAGUUUAAUGAAAGGUAGGGUACAUUUCUGGUUCCAUCCAGCUUUGUGUAGUUGUCUUUUCCUUUGGCCCAGGGUGGGAGUGUGGAGGGGAGACGACUGCUCUCCACCACUUCGCUGUGCCUCCGGAGACUGGGCUCAAGCCCAGCUGUUAGAGCCACUCUUGUCCCCUUGCUGGACACCCAUGAGCCCUUCUCACUGGAUUUUAUACCCUGUGUCUGUGUACAUAAAUAUAAAUAUAUAUAUAUAAACUUUGUACAAAAGGCAUGUCCCACUGUUGUGGUGGCUGCUGCCCAUAUAUGUGUGGUCUCAGUCCAUAGUGUGUCUGUCUGAUGUUAACUUCUGAGCCAGCACCACAAAUGGAUCUCAGGAUAUAAAAUAUUUGUAAUGCCA